AUGAGUUACAUUGGUUCUAGGAUAAGGGGUCCACUAGCUACCCAGAUACGUUGCUAUGCAUCCACGCAAUCUAGUACUGCAUCUACAACAGCACCACCAACGUCAACAAUUUCACCACAAUCAAUCUCACUGACAUUGAUAUUAUCUCGUCUUCCCAUCAUAACUCAAGAUCUUACUUCAUUUGAAUCGCAAUUCUACAAGUACCAAUCUGAAUUAUGGAGAAGGCUUAUGUGGACAUUCCCCAAAUGGUUCUAUUUCAAGCAAGGUACCAUGGCCGAAUUAAGAUAUCGACAAAUUAACAAAAACCCCGUUAGUUAUAACCCCAAAAUGUCAUAUCCUAGAGGAAAACCAGACUUGAAGCAUUUAAGAGACCGUAGGUUUAGACAAUACAUUAGAGCUCCCAAGACAUAUAAAGAAGAAGACGAAAUUGCCAUGGGACAAGAUCAAUCUGAAUUCAAGGAGAAUGAAAUAUCGCGUAAAAUUGUUCCACCAUCACGUAUAACUGAAGCUGAUGAAAACAAUGAUACGACUUCGUUGGAGAGAAAACUAAGUAGAACGUUAUAUUUGGUUAUUAAAGAAACGAAUGCUGGGAAUAAUGCCACUUGGAAAUUGCCCAACUUUAAAGAACUGAAUGAAAACUUACAACCAUUACAUGUAUUGGCUGAAGAAGGAUUAUAUCAACUUGGUGGUAAAAAGAUCAACUACUUCAAUGUAUCGAAAGUCCCUUGUCAUCAUAAUGCAAACAAGGAGUAUUUUAUUAAAUCGCAUAUUUUGUCAGGAUCAUUUGAAGCUCAAUCUGAUUCAGUGCAACAUCAAUGGGCCACCAAGGAAGAGUUGAAGGAGUUGUUACCCAAGGAGUACUAUUCCGAUAUACUGCAUUUAUUGAGUGAGGUAUAG